AUGAUCUCACUACCAAAAUAUUUGUCUUAAUUGAUUAGCAAAGGUGCAUUAAAGACUAUGCCUGCUCUUCUAGAAAAGAUUUAAGUAACUCCAGAAAGAAAUAAGGACUGGGACUACACAUCACCCUCAGCAAUAAAGAUUUAUAAUAUGACUAAGAAAAGCGGGUCAUUUGGUUUCCCUACUUGUCAGGAGUUAGCUAAUGCUGUAGUUGCUAAUAUUGAACCAGAAAAUCCAGCUAUUGAAAAGAUUGAAUUGAAACAGGCUGGUCAAGGUGAUCCUUCAAAGGCUGGAUUCUUCCUAAAUAUUACCCUCAAGAAUGAAUUCAUCGAAAAUGAAGUAAUGAAACUACUCAAAGUCUAACAUCUAAGUGUCGAAGAGGAAGAAAAAAAAGAAAGAUAAAGAGUAGUUGUUGAUUUUUCAAGUCCUAAUAUUGCUAAAAACAUGCAUGUCGGCCAUUUAAGAUCUACCAUUUAAGGAGAUAGCAUUUGUAGAGUUUUAGAAUUCAUGGGAUAUGAUGUUUUAAGAACAAACCACUUAGGUGAUUGGGGAACUCAAUUUGGAAUGUUGAUUGCAGAACUAGAUGACAAAUUUCCAGACCUUAUUAAUUAGGAUGUCGAUCUAGGGGAUCUACAAGUCUUUUAUAAAAGUGCAAGAAAGAGAUUUGAUACCGAUGAUGAAUUCAAAAAGAGAUCUUAAGAAAAUGUUGUCAAACUUCAAUCAGGUGAUGAGCAUUGUAUGGUAUCAUGGAAAUUCCUAUGUGACAUAUCAAGAUUGGAGUUUUAAAAGAUAUAUGAGAGACUUGAUAUUAAAAUUGAAGAAAGAGGAGAGUCUUUCUAUAACCCAUUGCUGAAACCUUUAGUGGAAGAGUUAGAAGCUAGAGGAUUCACUAAGGAUGAUAAGGGUGCAAAAUGCAUCUUUAUACCAAAAUAAAAGGUACCUCUUAUGGUAUAAAAAAGUGAUGGAGGAUUCAAUUAUGAUACUACUGAUAUUGCAGCUCUUAGAUAUCGUAUUGAAGAGUAAAAGGGAGACUGGCUAAUCUAUAUUACGGAUAGUGGAUAAGAACUUCAUUUUAAAUUACUAUUUGAGGGAGGUAAACUUAUAGGAAUAUAUGAUCCAGCAAAAACAAGAAUCGACCAUAUGGGAUUCGGUUUAGUGCUAUAAGAGUCAGAGGAAGAAGUGAAACAAGAGGACUCUAAAGAAGAGGAGAAAAAAGGAGAAGAGAAGAAAGGAGGAGAAAAAAAGAAGAAAAUUGAAAAAAUGAAAUCUCGUGAUGGCGAUACUGUAAAGCUACAAUCACUGCUAGAUGAAGCAAAAGCAAGAGCUUUAAAAAUAUUUACAGAGAGACUCCAUGAAUAAGAUGCAAAUCAUGAGGAAAGUAAGGGACAGUAAAGCAAAGUAUAAGUUCAGGAGAGUGAUCUAGAAUAAACUGCCGAAAUCCUUGGUAUCUCAUCAAUCAAAUACUAUGACUUGAAGCAAAACAGAAUCUAAAACUAUGUAUUCUCAUUCGAUAAGAUGCUUGAUCCAAAAGGUAACACUGGUGUCUAUCUUCAAUAUGCUUAUGUCCGUGUUCUCUCAAUUAUGAGAAAAGCUAACUAUAGCCCAGAGCAACUUGAAGAAAUAUUGUAAAAUGAAAGAUUUGUUAUUACUCAUAAACGUGAAAGAGAAUUAGCCUUGUCACUUCUCAGACUUCCUGAACAAAUAGACUUGACUUUAUCAGAACUCCAAGUCAACCGUAUCACUGAACUACUCUAUGAAAUUGCAGUCAAGAUUUCAGAAUUCUACAGUGAAUGCAAGGUUAUUGGCUCUCCAGAAGAAAAAUCAAGAAUCCUUUUAUUGGAAGCAACCAGAAAAACUAUGAAGCAAGUAUUCACUCUACUUGGAAUGCAAACUAUUGAGAGAAUUUGA